CAUUGAUAAGCCUGCAAUUCCGACGACAACUCUCAUCUUACUCAUAUCAGCAACACAUUUCAGACGACCGACCAUGAGUUCACUGUCAGUGUCGUCCGCUAUUGAGGCUCUGCUAAGCCUUCUGUCGCAACAUCCUCUUUACCUUGUUGUUUUCGGGGCCGUCAUCUUGUUUGUCGUCGGCCGGCUCCGUCAGUUCUGGCGGCUGAAGCAGUUUGAUGGCCCCUUUAGCACCGGCUUUUCUUGGCUGUGGCACUCAAACGUCGUCCUCAGCGGAAAUGCGCACAAAUACUACGGAGACGUCACUGAAAAAUACGGGACAAUUGCUCGUGUCGCGCCCAAUCACCUCAUCACUUCGUCGCCAGAUUUGUGGGCUCACAUGAAUGCCGUUCGCUCCCCGUAUUCUCGUUCCCCAUGGUACUAUCACUGCGCACGCUUCGAGGCUGGUAAAGACAAUGUAUUUACCGAGUGUGACAAUGAUAAGCACGAUGUCAGGAGGAAGAAGAUGGCAUCCGGGUAUUCCGGGAAAGAGAACCCAACGCUGGAACCAUCCAUUGAUACACACGUCAAGGAACUGGUACAUCUAAUUCGAUCGAAGUAUGCUACCCAGGCCACCUCCGCUAGUGCCUCUAAGCCAAUGAAUAUGGCCAAGAAGAUGCAGUAUUUUACCUUGGACGUGAUUAGCCAUGUUGGCCUUGGUCAAGCGUUCGGAGACCUCAAAGAGGAUGCCGAUGUCAAUGACUAUCUCAAGGCAACCGAGGAGGGCCUGGCAAUUAGCAAUACAUCAUGGGCACUCGGCAUUGCCUGGAUACGCGACGUGCCAAUCCUGGGGAAAGCCAUCAGCCCAACUGAGGAAGAUGAGCGGGGCUUUGGGAAGAUGAUGGCUCACGCCCGAAAGAGCAUCGAACAACGCCUGCUCAAAUCGACUAGCGAACGCUCUGAUAUGCUUUCGUCCUUCGUACGCCACGGCCUUUUCGGCGAUGCCCUGUUCCACGAGACCUUUGAGCAGAUACUCGCUGGCUCAGACACCACGGCCGCAUCCUUGCGUAUCAUCAUGCUUUAUCUAAUGAGCCAUCCCCGCGUAUAUGCUAAACUGCAGGCUGAAAUUGACAGCGCGGUCAACGCGGGAAUCGCUCCAGCUUCGCCAGGUAUCAUUUCGGAUGCCGAAGCCCGGGGUCUUGUUUACCUGGGAGCCGUGAUUCGCGAGGCCUUGCGCGUGCAUCCUCCGGUCGUCAACAUCUUCUCCAGAGUUGUGCCCAAAGACGGAGACGCCGUCAGGGUCGAUGGCCAAGAUGUCUUCCUCCCGGGCGGCACCCUGAUCGGCUAUUCCGCCUGGGGCAUGCACCGUAACAACAAGGCCCUUUAUGGAGAAGACGCCCACGUUUUCCGCCCUGAGCGUUGGUUCGUCGACGAGAAGGAACCUGGUGGAGCUGAGCGUCUCGCGCAAAUGCUUAAAACUAAUGACAUGAUAUUUGGCUACGGAAAAUGGCACUGUCUGGGUAAGGUUGUUGCUAUGAUUGAGAUUCACAAAGUCAUCUUUGAGCUGCUGAGGAACUUCGAUUUUGCUCUCACUAAUCCGAGUGAGCCGUGGACUAUCUCCAAUGCGAUGGGAUUGUUCGCGAUUGGGAAUAUGUGGGUUGAGGUUACGGAACGCUCUUGAAUCUGUCAAGGAGUUAGGGUCCUUAUGUAAUGACCAUUUCUUUCUAACGACACUUCAAUCAUGAUUCACUUCAAGUUUACCGCACCUGCAUGUGCUGAUUGGGGGUCCCUCCUCUCGUGCUCCAGAAGAAUAAAGCCCCGAAGUCACCACCGGAUGGCCGUCAUGUACCAGGGGCUGGGAUGCACGAAAGGGACGCAGCGCCCCAAGCAGGCCCUUAAAGAAUUCGAUGCCAUGAGAUUAUAAGGGGCCCUUAUGUGGAAUACGACACCGGCUGUAGAGAGUUACGAUAAGAACAGGGUCUACUUGCUGCGUUGCAGGACCUACUUGGCCAUCCGUUCAUGCUACAUGGGAUGAAGUCGAUUGCGGAAGGAAGUAUCAUUGUAGUUUUCAACGACCUGAUGUCACCAGCAAUCAGUUCGCGGUUUUGAGUCAACUACUCUCUUCU